CUCGGUCGCCGCGGGAGGUGCCGUAAUCGCCGCCCAGAAGGCAGGAGGGUGGCUGUUCGAGGAGCUGCUAUGGUGCUUAGUUCCCCGGUAGAGCCGACCGAGACGCGGCGGUCGCGGCCAUGAAGGCGGGUGCCACAUCUAUGUGGGCUUCGUGCUGUGGACUGCUGAAUGAAGUCAUGGGAACAGGAGCUGUCAGGGGCCAGCAGUCAGGAUUUGCAGGAGGCACCGGUCCAUUCAGAUUUGCACCAAACUCUGAUUUUUCCGCUUACCCACCAGCACCUACGGAAGGGCCCAAUAUAGUUUGCAAAGCCUGUGGACUUUCAUUUUCAGUCUUUAGAAAGAAGCAUGUGUGUUGUGACUGCAAGAAGGAUUUUUGCUCAGUUUGUUCGGUCUUACAAGAAAAUCUCCGUAGAUGUUCCACGUGUCACUUACUACAAGAGACGGCCUUUCAGCGCCCUCAGUUAAUGCGACUAAAAGUCAAGGAUCUCCGGCAGUAUCUCAUUCUUCGAAACAUCCCAAUCGAUACCUGUCGAGAGAAAGAAGACUUGGUAGAUUUGGUACUCUGCCACCACGGCCUGGGCUCUGAGGAUGACCUGGACACGAGCAGCCUGAAUUCCUCACGGUCCCAGACUUCUAGCUUUUUUACACAUUCAUUUUUUUCAAACUAUACAGCCCCUUCUGCUACCAUGUCUUCAUUUCAGGGAGACCUUAUGGGUGGAGACCGGACCUUAGGAUCUGGGGCGCUGGCACAGGUACAAAGUGAAAUCGCUUCAGCAAACACUGAAGAGGAGGAGGAUGAAGAUGAUGAGGAUGAAGAUGACGAGGAGGAGGAUGAGGACGAAGAAAACUUGGAGGAGCAGACGCCUGGGCUCUCUAAGAAGCGAGUAAGAGCUUCGCUGUCUGACUUGUCAAGCCUUGAAGAUGUGGAAGGAAUGAGCGUGCGCCAGCUGAAGGAAAUCCUGGCUCGGAAUUUUGUCAACUACUCUGGCUGUUGUGAAAAAUGGGAGCUGGUGGAGAAAGUCAACCGGUUAUACAAAGAGAAUGAAGAAAACCAAAAGUCAUAUGGUGAGCGGCUGCAGCUGCAGGAUGAGGAAGAUGACCGCCUCUGCCGCAUCUGCAUGGACGCCGUCAUCGACUGCGUCCUGCUCGAGUGCGGGCAUAUGGUCACCUGCACCAAGUGCGGCAAGCGCAUGAGCGAGUGUCCCAUCUGCCGGCAGUACGUGGUGCGCGCCGUGCACGUGUUCAAGUCCUGAAGCCCAGGCGCCUCCCAACGGCACACUCGCCCCCAAGCUCCAUCCCAGACAUUUCAAUGUAUGGAAGCGACUGGAAACUUAACUGUUCAAAGGCUGAAAACUAUUUUUAAAAAUUAUUUUCACUACUAACUGGGGACAGAAAGCUCCCUCCUAAGUGGUGGUGACGUUGGUCUGUGCCAUACGCCUGCCAGCCCGUGGCUGUGCCAGAUUCGCAGGUCCCGGGGGCUCCAUCCCG